ACCGAUUAGAAAAUUAAGGAAGUAAAAACCCAGCCAAACCCACUAGUAGCACCCCUAGGUGAGCGUCCGAAAAAAUUGCCUUUUUAAUGGUUAAAUGUAACAUUCCAACCCCACCCCCCUCGUAAAUGUAGAAAUCGACCCGGCGGACAGCAUCUUUGACGGUGAUAAGAGUGGCAGAGUGGCACAAUAACACGUUUUUCGAAAAAGUUCGUAAAGGUAUAAGGCAAUGUCGAUUCUGAACGCGCUAAUCGGGCCAUCGAUUCUGAACGCAGAUCUUUCGCAGUUGCAUGAAGAAUCCCAAAAGCUGCUAAAUAACGGUGCCGACUAUUUACAUUUGGAUGUUAUGGAUGGAACAUUCGUUCCAAAUCUUACUUUUGGUCACCCAGUAGUAAAGUGCUUACGGAACAAGAUCAAGGAUGCUUUUUUUGAAACCCAUAUGAUGGUGGAACGACCGCAACAGUGGGUCGAAGCGAUGAGUGAUGCGGGGGUACAACAGUACACAUUCCAUGUUGAACCUGUGCUGCACAUGGUACAGGAAGUCUGUAGGAAAGUAAGGGAAGCAGGCAUGAAAGUCGGACUGGCUAUCAAACCGGGAACUGCUGUUGAAACGAUCGAGAAUUAUAUAGCGGAUGCAGAUAUGGUACUAAUAAUGACCGUGGAACCUGGAUUUGGCGGACAAAUGUUCAUGGCUGAUAUGUUGUCGAAGGUUCAGUCCCUGCGGAACAACUAUCCAUUAUUGAAUAUAGAAGUUGAUGGUGGUGUAAGUCUCACGACCAUUGACUCUUGCGCUAAAGCCGGAGCAAACAUGAUUGUCUCUGGUACCGCAAUUAUACGUGCCGACGAUCAAGCAGCGGUUAUUCGAGAUCUGCGAAACUCAGUACUACAUCAUCUCAGCAAAGAGUAGCGAAAAACAUUAGCCACGCUGAAAACAUUUUCAUGUGGAAAGUGCCUCACGCGUGUGGUGCUGAUAUAAUUGCAAUAAAAACUGUUUUGGACAUGUUUAUUAUUGAUCCUGUUAAUGAGAAAUGUAUGAUGUCGUGAAAAUA